AUGAAAGCCGCCGUUCUCUUCCUCGCCGCGCUCGCGUCCGCAAGCCGCUUGAACACUCCCCAGGCUCGCGCACAGAGCGGCUGCGACUGUUCCAAGAAUUUCCACUUGUCGCUGUUCGAGCUCGAUAGCUGCCCAGAGGGCUACGCGGACGUCUCGACCUUCCGGGACAGCGUCGAAUGCGACCAGAUCGGCUGCACCCAGCAGGACCACAAUGUUCAGUGCCAAAACGUCGUCUUCCCGGAUGAUAAAUAG